AUGGCAGCAAGAACCGAAACGGAGUGGAACACUGCUCUCCUCGACUGCUUUGAGGAUCCCCGCACCUGUUGCUAUGGUUUCUGGUGUGGUCCUUGCCUUGCCUGUACAGUUUCAGGAAGAUUCCGAGAGCUCUAUUGCCUCCCAGCCUGUGAUGUAUUGGCUUUAUUGUCACAACUUAUGGGGGUCCCUCUCUGUGUCCUGGCAUCACCAAUUUUUGGGAUCACCAUAUCCGUUCCUCCUGUUGCUGUCUCCAUGAGGGCUGCCAUGCGGAACAGAUAUGGCAUUAAGGGCUCCAUUGCUGAAGACGUUGCUGCGUCAUGUUUUUGUUGGUGGUGCGCCUGGUGUCAGAUGUAUCGGGAAUUAAAACAUCGCAUGAAAACGCCAGUCGUCAUCAACGUGCAGCAGCAGAAUGUUAUCAACAUGCAGCCUGCAGCUAUGAUGAUGCCCACAGCUCAGAUGAUGCCCACAGUUCAGAUGAUGCCCAAAGCUCAGAUGGCGCCCACAGCUCAGAUGAUGCCCACAGCUCAGAUGAUGCCCACAGCUCAGAUGGCGCCUACAGUUCAGAUGAUGCCCAGAGUUCAGAUGGCGCCCACAGCUCAGAUGGCGCCCACAGCUCAGAUGAUGCCCAGAGUACAGAUGGCU